AUGUUCGGGCUCUGGAGGACCUUCAGCAGCGCGGUUUUCUACCUCUCUCUGGCCGUGGGCCUCGGGGGGCUGGUGGGGAACAGCCUGGUCCUCUGGCACCUCAGCUUCCGCAUGGAGAAGGGCCCCUUCUCCGUCUACGUGCUGCACGUGGCCCCGGCGGACUUCCUGUUCCUCGGCUGCCAGCUGGGCUUCUCGGCCGUCCAGGCGGCCCUGGGCUCGGAGGAUAGCCUCUACUUUGCCGUCACGUUCGUGGCCUUCUCUGGGGGGCUCUGGCUGCUGGCGGCCUUCAGCACUGAGCGCUGCCUCUCCGACCUCUUCCCCACCUGCUACGAGGGCCGCCGUCCCAGACACACGUCGGGUGUCGUCUGCGGCCUGAUCUAGGCCCUGACCCCGCCAGCCAUGCUGCCAGCCAAGGCCUGCGGCCUGCUGCGGGCCAGUGCCCACCUGCUCACCUGCCUGCGGUCCCACUCGGCCAGCGUCACGUGGCUGCUGUCCCUGGCCUGCGUGGCCUGAGUGGCAGGGCUCGUCCUCUUCAUCUGGGGGGCCUGCUGCUCCCAGCGCCAGCGCCCCCGCUUCUGUGGCAUCGUCCAGGGCUCGGAGCUCCUGCUCUUCUUCUGCGGCCUCCCCUACGUCCUCUGCUGGACCCUGCGCCCCAUCCUGAACCAACUGCUGCCCCCGUUCCUCCCGCUGGCCACGCUCCUGCUGGCCUGUGUCCACGGCAGCGCCAAGCCGCUCAUCUACUUCAACGGCUGUCAGCCGGACAAGCGGGAGCCACUGCGGACGGUCCUCCAGCGGUCCCUGGGGGAGGGGGCCCAGCCGGGGGCGGGAGGACGGUCCUUGCCCAUGUGGCGAGGAUGGCGUCGCUUCCUCGCCAAACGCACCCCAAAGGGCGCCGGCAAAAGCAGGUUCAGCGCAGAGUGA